GGGAAGCAGUGGACCCGUCCUGGGUUAGGACGCAGCUCAGCUCGCAUGGGGCUGCUGGUUCAGUCAGAAACCUUGUUUUCAAGGAGAAGGAGUGAACUUUGGACUCGUUCAUGGCUCGGGAUUGCUUUUUUUAUUUAUUGGUGUAUUUAUAACGCAACACAGUUUGUCUUACUGUCCCGAUGAAAACAUGAAACGCAGAUGAUGUUCAACGUUUCUGUAGAUGGAAGUUCAUUUUCAAAGAACUUGGAGGACUUCGACUCUAUUCGUAGUGUUCUUCUUUACAGUGACUUGGAACCAGAGUGGCUCGAUGACAUUCAGAAGAACGGUGAGCUUUUCUACCUGGAGCUGAGCGAAAGUGAAGAAGAGGCCGCUUUGUCGCAGGCCAAUCAGUGUGUAUCCACGAACCACGUCCGCUUCAGCGAAAAAGAGGCAGAGAUCAUCACAGAAGAGAGUAAGAAGCAGCCAUGCAGCUCCCAGGCAAAAGGUGUGCCGAGUCUCAAAAGACUAGUCAGGAUCCUGAGGCGGAAACGCCGACCGUCCCAACACAGAGGAGGGAAGGGUGUCAGUAAAAACAGCUCAGGUUCAUCUCAACCAGCAUCCAUUCUGAAGAAUCAGCCAGGCCAAAGGCUGGGAGUGGAUGUUCAGCAGCAUCAGCUGAAGGAAGUGAGCGUCUACCUCAACCCGAAACGUUUAGCUGGUUCGUCAGCUCCUCUGUGUGACAGCGGAGGACUGCUGGAAGCACUUCUCGGAGUUGUGCAUCGCCCUGGCCGGAGACCAGGACAAGGAGUCUCUGCAGUAGUGAGACAGGAGGAAAGACUGACCGUUCAUGGAUUAAUACCAAAUAGCCCAGCCAUAAAAUGUGGCCAAAUCCUUAUUGGUGAUGUACUCGUAGCUGUGGACGAUGUUGAUGUGAGCUGUGAGAACAUCGAGAGGGUUCUGUCCUGCAUCCCGGGACCGACGCAGGUGCAGCUCACUUUGGAGACGGUGUCCUCGGAGGACAGAGACAGACUUAGCGACUCUUCAUCGGUUCAGAGGAUGAAGGCUUCUCCACCGGUCAGCCAGCUGGUGCGCCUGCUGUGGGGGGAGGACACGGCUGAACUGCAAAUGUCCAUCGGACACAUCCCUCAUAUCGUCAUGUACCUGUCACUUAAACUGGACUCGGCGUCGCCACAGGAGGAGGACGAGAUCUUGUACCAGUACCCCGUGUCCGAAGCAUCCAGCCAGCUGAAAGGAGUCAGGGGCAUCUUCCUCACUCUGUCUGACAUGCUGGAGAAUGUCACAGGAGGGCAGAUCAUCAGCUCUUCUCUGCUGCUUGGGAAUCAUCUGGUUCAUGUUGGCUACUGGAAGGACAGCAAUAACCUGUUGGUCAUUGGUCUUCCUGCUGAGAGGGUUCCUCUGCUCUCCCUGCAGACGGUGGUGGGAGACGUUGUGCGGACAUUAAAAGUGAUGUACGGCUCCUUAGACAGAGCGUUUUGUAAGGUGGACCACUCUCCCCGGCUGGAUCAUUUCUUCUGCCUGUUUUUCCAGCAGCUCAUCCAGCCUUCACGUCUAAGGGAAGGCUCCUCAACCAGCUCGCCAGAUGUGUCAGGGACGCUUUUCCUUGAUGGACUGCCGGCGGUACAGUGGCUCACCCUGCCUGCAGACAUCAAGAUGGAGGUAGACAAUGUUCUUUCUGACUUUGAGUCUUCAGAUUUUGGAGAAAUGUCUGAGGACUUUUUUGGCCUGAGGCGUCUCUAUGUCAUUCUUGGUUCCUGUUUGUUCUACAAGGCCUACUUGAUCGCCAACCACCUGCCGAAGGAGGAUCUGCUGGACGUGUGUCUGUACUGCCAGCACUACUGCCUGCUGCCUCUGGCGUCAGAGCAGCGAGUGGGUCAGCUGGUCAUCUGGAGAGAGGUGUUUCCUCAGCAGAGAGUCAGCGGAGGCAUCGGCUCGGCCCCGGGUUACAGACAGCCUCAAGGAAGACACUUCCUGCUCAUAGUGGGGCUGAGGCACUUCAUGCAGUGUGUCCUGCUGGAAGCAGGCGGUUGUGCUUCACCAGCUUUGGGCUCUCCUGGACCUGAUUGUGUCUAUGUAGAUCAGGUGAAAGCCACCUUGCUGCAGCUGGAGGUGUUGGAGGCAGGAAUUGAGGAGCGCCUGAAUGCUCCACCUGCCCCCUGCCUGUCGUGCGCGGACUGGUUCCUUCCUGCUGCCACGGCCCGCGACCGGCUUGACAGCCUGACCGCCUCAUCUCCAGUCUUGAGUAAAAUUGCCGGAGCCAUAAAAGGCUCCUCUUCUCGGUCCAGAGGCCGCAGCCUUUUCAGCGAGAAGACCCGCAGGUCCAGUCCACAGAGGAGCUUGUCAGACAGCGGGAGUGAGGGUCAGAUGGAUGCCGGGUCGGGGUCGGGGUCUUCCAUGGCUCCAGGCCACAGCCCACAUUCCACCCCGGACUCAGCGAGGAAGCUGGGGGGGCGACGGGACUCGCUGGGGUCUGGAGGGUCUGAUGGCAGUGGAGGCAGUGGAGGCCUCUUCAAGAUACCCAGAAUGAAGCACCCAAACCCUUUCUACCUGGGCACUCUGAAGAAGACCCUGACUGAGAGAGAGUCGGAGGAGAUGUAUAACACCAUCAAACUAACCUCAGGUGCGGAGAACACCUUGUUCCACUACGUGCUGAUGGAAACGGUGCAGGGGAUCUUCAUCGCUCCCACUCACAGAGAAGUGGCUCAGCUCAGCGGCUCCAUCCAUCCUCAGCUCAUACGCAACUUCCACCACUGCUGCCUCUCCAUACGGGCCGUGUUCCAGCAGAGUCUGCCAGCCAGGGGCCGGCGUGCAGCAGACAGGCCUCAGCGCGCUGGUUUGGGUCCGAUCAAGGAGCACGGGGUUCUGUUUCAGUGUAAACCCGAGAACUGGACGGACCAGAAAAAAGCUGCCCCCACGAUGACUUACUGGGUUAUAGGGCGGAUGUUGCUGGAGCCCGUUCCCCAGGAGUUCUACGUGUGCUUCCACGACUCGGUGCCAGAGGUUCCUGUUGAGAUGGCCUUCAGACUCUCCUUUGGCUUGUCUGUGUGACGCAUGAUCACCACACCAGUGGUGUGGACGGGCAUGAAAAUCUCUUGAACAUUGAAGCAUCAGUCCCAUUCUCAGGAAAACAAAACAUAGGUCCUUUAGAAGCAUUCUGAGUGCAAAUGUAGGGAUUUAGAGCGCCGCGGCUUCUAUGAGACGCUCUAUGGUAUCAUUUUGAACCUCUUAUGUACACAGGCCUUCAUUUUCCAGAUGAUUUUUCUGCAGAUACCAGCGGAGCGUGACUGAGGUUUUCAGCAAACGAUAAGUAAAUGGCAGGCCAGCUGCUUAUCUCAGCUUCA